GAGAUGACUGUGCUGAGUGGGUGGUCCAGUUCUCCAUAGACACACUCCCUGAGGCCAUGAGCAAGACUCAGUGGAAGAAGAAAUUGAAGCAUCAAAAGAAGUUGAAAAAAUGGGAGAAAAUGAAAUGAGAGUUACAGUGGAGGCAGGAAUCCAAGGUGAGAAGAAAGAGAGACAGAAGCAGACAAGCUUUGAGAGGACUCCCUCCACCAAAGAAGACCAGACUGGAAGAUGGAGGCUUCUCAAAAAGUAGUCAGAGAGGGUCCUACAAGAAGAUGAGUGACGAGGGAGCGAGCUCUGUGAGGGUGGCCGUGGACUGCUCUUUUGAACAACUCAUGAGUGCGAAGGAUCAACUGAAGCUAAUCAAACAGUUGCAGAGAUGUUAUGCUGCCAACAGACGAUCAGUAGCUCCCUUUCAGAUCCACUACAGAAGUGAGGACUUUCUGGAGGUGUUUGGUAAAGAGAAUGUUGUGUACCUCCUGGCUGAGUCUACCAAUGUGUUGAAUAGUAAGAGUAAGGACAUGUUACUGCCUAGCCUGAGGCCUUAGUGAUGUAGCAGGACACGCUCAAAGUGAUGUAACGACUGCUCACCAUCUCCCCAGACUAUUGGAGACAGUACCUCUCACCCCUUGACAACCCAGAGCCCCCAGUGUCACCCAUUCUCUCUGUUCAGUCCAGCCCUGGAGUACUCAACUCAGCCACACCAUGCAGAACUGAGACCAGGUGAGUAGGUGUGAGUGUGGGUGUGAGUAGGGGGUGGUUUAGCUACCUCAGAACAAGUUAUACCGGCCUACCAUCCUUUUAUGUUUUUUACCUUUGGGACUAUUUCCAGUCCCUGUCUGGUAAAAGGUCAUUGAGAGAAGAAUCCAAAUAAUUAUUGCUGGCUAGCCCUUGUGUAUUUGUUGCAAGGAAUGUACCGUGGCUGAUUGUAGUGAUUGACUGAUCCUCUCCCCCCUGCAGUUCCUGAGAGUCUAUUCCUUGUGUCCCGUCAGUCCCCCAGGAGUAGGGCCAGACCACCACACAUGGCUAGAUGUGGCUGAGCUGGAGGGUGGGGAGUCCAAGGUAACCACACUCAUCGGGGCAGCUGCUAGCAUAGACAAUGUCUACAGAAUGGACCCUCUUGGACCCUCUUGGAUCU